AUUUGAUAUUUGUUAUUUUAAAGCCCUAAUUUUUCAUAUAUUGAAUUUUUUUGAAUGACUUUUUUACUGUUUUAAGGCUUACUUUUGGUUUAAUUUUUAUGGGUUUUAUGGGGGGAUGGGUGUUUCAAGUUUGCAGUUCAAGUGGCUGUAUUUCCAUCCAGACAACAUGUCCGCUGAGGAAAAAUUAAAGCUUGAGCUAAAAAGAAUUCGGGAUGAAUUCAAAAUGCACGAGUCAGAUUGUGGCUCAACACGUGUUCAAAACGCUGAAAGUGAUGAUGCAAAUGAUGAUUUCACAGCUGGUAAAGAGACUUAUGAUCUCAGAGAAAUAAAGAGAGUAGAUCAUAUUGAAAAGGAGACGCAUUAUAUGGUACGCCUCUUAUUGUUUUUGUCCUUUAUUAACAAAGUUUGUGACCAAGAUGGUAGUGAACACAGAUGGUUUCGAGUAUGUAUCUCUCUGAUUUCUAAUUUAUAUCUUAUUCAUUCACUUUUGAUUGUUAUGAAAUCUUGUGGCAACAACAGAGUUACAUUUUUUUCCCUAUAAUAUAAUUUUUGCAUAGGUGUGUUUUUUAGAUAAAUAUGUGUGGUUUCAUAAGGUUUACUAUGAUUCAUAAAUCAAGCUAUUCUAAGAGGCGAAGGUCUUCACAAGAUGAUUAUUUGUGUCAGCUUAUUGUAUGCUUCCAAUUCCUUUUUUCCCGUUCCUAUUUUUUGUUUGUAUUUAUAUUAGCUAGGAUAUGCGCUCAAAUUCUUGUGCUUUUCAAAUGAGAAUUCGAACUCAAAUCUUAGAUCCUUUUCUUUUUUUGAGUUUUAAAAUAGAUUUCAAAUCCAAAAUCUUUGGGUGGGUUCUUUUUCAGAUCCGAAGAUGGUUAGAGGCUAAACUGUUUGUGCAUUGAAUUUGGAUUUGAUUUUUUCCGGAUUUCCAAUAUUCUAUCCUCUAUCAAAUUUUCAGUUCUUGGAACCUCAUUUUAUUCGUGAAAUCAUAUUUGUAGUGGUUCUCUAUUGUUUAGUACGUAACGAUCUAUUUUGUCAUUGAACCUCGACUUUCGAUUGUGGAUUGCCUGAGGAAUUAUAAAAUUUAAUUCUAGGGAUAACUAAUACAACUCUUCCUUCACUAAUUCUAUUUAAGUUUUGUUUUCUAGAUCAAAACUUAUGUUUUUGGCAAAUGAUCAAAUUUAGAAUACAAAAAUAGUCUUGCUCUUGUACUGAAACUUAGCUCUCUAUUUGAAAUUACUAUAUUAGCAUGAAUAUUAAGAAUUCCUAUAUGAGGAUAAUUCCCAAAUUCUGCACAAUUUUUAUUUUCCACAAUAAAUAAUCAUAAGAUACAUGGAGAUGAAAAAUGAAAAAGUAUAACGCACUCUGAUAUUUUGCAUUCUUUUCAUUUCUGUAAUCAUAUAUAUUUGGAAGAAAAAAGAAAAUUGUGGACUGGAAAAAAGAAAGGAGCAUAAGCAAUUCCAAAGAUUGAGUGUUGAUGUGGCCUGACCAUCUUUAGCGUGUUCUGUUACCUGUGUCCACUUCCUAGAAAAAGCAUAUUUGAAGCUUAUUUGUCUAUAGAAUACUGUUGUUCGUGGUUAGUUUUCGCCUAAUUACAGCUUUUCAACUUAUUUGACUGCAACACACUGCAUUCAUCAAUCUCUCUAUGUCUGGCAGACUGAGCUACUUCUGGAGCUACCAAGAGAGUAACUCCUCAAUUGGAUCUUUCAUUGCUUAACAGAACUUCAUGCUUGUUUAUCAACCCUUAUCAAGUAUUAGUUGGUUCUUGUGCAUAUGUGGUUGGAUUCAAAUUUGGACUCCUUGUUCAUUCUAGACAAAGAGAAAGUUCAAGGAAGUCAGACCAUUGUGGCUUCUAUGUCUUGCAUCCUCCUGAGUUGGGGAAGCUGGGAUAGCUACAUAGAUCGAAAAAAGAUGUCAGAACAAGUCAACAACACUACAUGGAUAAUAUGUAUAUAUGAAACCCAUAUUUGGAAGGAUAUAUGUAGCCAGGUAAACCUUCUCCCAGAUACCUGUAUAUUUCUGGCUUAUGUGUCAUAUUAAUGCUGCUGGUUCGUGCUUGUUUCAGAAUAACAGAGGUUUAUAUGUAAGAGACAGUGUAACCCUGCUAGAUAUUAAGCUGCUUGCACCAAAUUACUUCACCAAAUUACUUCACUGUGAAUGCUGAGAUGGACUUAUUAUGAAGUGAAAAAAAGGCACAUCAGCUGAUUAUUUAGCCAAUCAUAUCUCUCUACGUGCAUUUCUUUCACCUCAUUUUCUUCGGUUUCCUAGCAGGCAAAAUUUUACCGUCAAGGUCUCAAGGAAGUAGGCUGACACCGCAGUCGCGUAAGUUAACAAUCGUUUAAAGAUAUUGAAUUGGAAUCAAAAGGAGUAUUCUUUAGUCGGCAUUACAAAAGAUUGUAGUUUGCUGGAUUGAAAAAUGGGAGAUUUAAGUAUACGAAAUUGACCUUUGACAAUUAGCUAAUAGUUAGAUGAUAACUUAUUUCGUUAGUUGUUCGCUGUUACGAGAUUCUUUAUGUUAAUUUGUAGAAUGAUGUUUGGUAAAAAAAUAACGUAGUUGACGGAUAUUAGCUAUUAGCUGUUUGAUUGUAUAAAUGUCAUAUAAGAAUAUUGAUAUGUAAGUGACUUGCCAUCGAUAUUUUGGCAAUUUUGGAAGGUAAAUUACAAUCUUGUCUUGCAAAAAAUAGCUCAUGUUCCUCCGCUCUUGAAAG